GUUGGGCCUGAAAUGUUUGUUAGUUGAAUUGUUUCUCUGUAAAUAACUGACAAAUUGCAUCACCCUCAAGAUAAACAUUUACUGUCAACUCCAUAUGAUUUUGUCUUGUACUCACACAUUUCUAAAUUCUUACAGGUGGAAAAUCUUUACCAUUACUUGGGUGGCAAUUGGCAUUGAAUUCCCUUUGAGCUUUUGUUUCCUGUGAGAAAACAUCAAUCUGCAUGGUGCUGUCUCUCUACUGGCGGGCCAGCCUUUCUUCUUGAAUGGGUGCCAGCCAAUGAGCUUCCUCCUGAGCAGGCGUCACUCCCUUUUCACCGGCUGCUGCAGUCAAUCAGCUUAUUCAGCACAGAGAGGAUAUGUGCUGUGUGUGCUCAGGCCUUUCCACACUGCUAAAAGCCUACAACCUCCCUAUCUGCCUCCCACUUUACCCCAACAAACAUCCCAUGCCGCUGACCCUCCCAUCCCCCAUUCCCCCACAAGCCUCCACUCACACCCAUGCCACAGCUCUGUUAGUGAGUGAGUCAGUGGAGAAAGUUACACCAGUCUCUAUGUUGGUGUGUUUGCCAGGCACUCGACGGCAACAACCGCAGCACAAUCCUUUUGCCCGCCAGCCCUGCUGAGUCUGAUCCCAGGCCUCUUCUCAAGACAGCCUCAGCAUGGAAAGCCCAGUGAGGGCUGAGCCAGCUACCCCAACCCUGGCUCCCCCAGCUCCCCGAAACCAUACUCCUUCUCUAAGUCCCAGAGCUGAGGCCAAAGAGAAGAGGUCGGAGGUGAGCGAGGGAACAGCGGAUGAGUGUGAGGCAGUGGACAUAGAGGAGCACCCUAUAUGUCUCUCGCUGUUAUCAAAGAUGACUGUGUUUGUGGAGGCGCCAGCAGAGGAUGCAUCAGAGAAGGCUGCAGUUGAGGAGGCUGCAGCCAAGGAGAGGGCUGAGAGAGAGGCUCAGAGGCAGCUCCUGGCCACAGAAGAGCUGAUCUACACAGAGAGGAACUACCUGAGACUCCUCCAGGUCUGCACCUGCACCAUCAGGAGCAACCUGCAGAAACUACAGCCUCCGCUGCCUAACCUGGACAGCAUGUUCCUGUACAUAGAAGAGGUGAUUGAUGUGUCGGGACGCCUCCUCAGCCUCCUGGACCAGAAGCAGGUCACGCCCCAUGAUCCUCUCUUCCUGGAGACCCUGUGUGACUCCUUCCUCAGUCUAUCAACAGACAUCGAGUCGGCUUACAAGGAGUACCUGUCCAACUACAACACCGUCACAGCGUUAGAGAACUGCUACAAACAGAAAGAAUCCCUGUGGACUGAGAUGGUGAAAGUCAUCAAGUCCUCAGCGCCAGAGGUGAAUGCUACCUCUCUGAGCUUCUUCCUGGUGAUGCCAGUCCAAAGGAUCGCUCGCUACCCUCUUCUCCUCCAGACCAUCAUGAAACAUACAGACCCUGGGCACCCGGCCUACUCUCUCCUGGAGCAGACUGCCCACGCCGCCGUAGCCAUCAACUGCAGGAUCAAUGAGUACAAACGCUUCCGAGAAGUUGCCGACAAAUACAAGAAGACGGAAACCUUGACGAUAAGGGAUAAGAUAAAUCGUCUGAAUAGCCACAGCAUCGCAAAGAAGACUGCCAGACUGAGUCAGUUCAUCAAGCAUGAGACGGGGAUUGCACCAAAGUUGGUUGAUGAGGAGUUUGAUGCCUUGGAGGGCUUUUUCUAUCUCCUUGAAAAUGGUAUCGCCGUGCUACAUGAAAAUGUGGAGACGUAUCUCAGCCAUCUGCAGAGAUUCCUUAGCUGUCGACCGGAGGAGUUUGACCUUGACAUGGACGGCGAGAAGCCUGCUAUAUGCUACAAGGAAAUCACAGCAGCAUUGAGACAAUGGAUACUUCCUACAUUUGAGAAGAGGAUGAGGACCUUGGUCCACAAGCCGCUCUGUGCCCUUCGAGAACUGCUGGUGGGGCCUCGUAACCUGAUCCGUAAGCGCCUGGACAAGCUGCUUGACUACGAGCUGAUCGAAGAGAAGCCCAGUCUGAGCUACGAUGAGCAGGCGGUGGCAAACACCUAUAAGACCAUCAACACGUUGCUCCUCAAUGAGCUGCCCCAGUUCAAUGGCCUGGCCCUCACCCUGCUCUGGGGCAUGCUGGGGGCCUUCAGCUGCCUGCACAAGGACCUGGCUGCAGACAUGGAGCAGCUCUUCCAGGGCUUUGCCCAACAGCUCCCUCACAGUUCCCUGGAGCCUAAUGCAUUCUGGGAGUGGGCAGAGUGUUCGGUGCUGGAGGGUGCGAGGAUGCUGGAGACUCUGUGUCGGAAUGUGGAGGACCAACUCAAUGCUCCCAUUGUCCAGCCUCUCAGCCCUGGGUCUCAGAAGUGUCUGAAGGUCCUGACAGACAAGCACGGCUCAGGCAAGAUCUACCAGCUGACUGGUCAUGUGGUGGGGACUAGAGACCUGGACCUGAGCCUGAACAGAGGAGAGCUGGUGGCCAUCAUCAGUGAGAUGGACACACGGGGGGACAGACGCCGCUGGCUGGUCGACGCAGGGGGUCCAAGAGGAUACGUCCCCUCCUCAAAACUGGUGCGUUACCACCAGGUAACCAUGGACCCUCCCCCGUCCCCUCAUCUGACAGUCACUACCGUGGAUUGUGCUGGAGGUGUCAGGCGACACUCCUACACCCCUGACGUCAGGCGACACUCCUUCUCCCCUGAUACACCCCAGCCCGUGAGGACUCUGUCGAUGACCAUGCCCUGCUUCCAGGUGUUUGCAGGCUAUGACUUCACGGCGAGGAGCAGUCACGAGGUCUCUCUGAGGGUGGGGGAACCAAUCAGAGUGCUGGAACCCCACGACAAGAGGGGUAGCCGCGACUGGAGCCUGGUGGAGGUGCGGGAACAGAGGGGGUAUGUUCCCUCCAACUACCUGGCAGUGGUGCCUACAUCUACGUGGCCCACCACCCCCUACCACUAGGGUUGCCCCGGACAACCAGCCAGUCCGUGCUAGACGCCACUCAACCAUCGCUGCCCACGCACCUCUGCUCAGCAGGAGAAGCACUCUCACUGAAGCCUACAUCUACAGGAGGGCGAGAAAGGUGUGUGUGUGUGUGUGUGGUGUGUGUGUGUGAUGGAUUAGAUGACAGGUGUGUGUGUGUGUGUGAAGUGGUGCACCAGGCAUUUGCAUGUAGAGUGCUCCAAGCCCUUCGACUGCAGCACUUAUUAGAAGCAUGUAAGUGGGAGGCUGCUUCCAUCACCAGGAACCAGGGGUGAAAUGCUGCUUUCUCCUACAGAAAAUGACUGACUGGCAGGCAGGUAGCAAUGCCUCAGCACAGCAUGAGGAUGAAGGAGAGCAGGCAGUCUUGUGGCAAGGGAAUUGGUUGUUGUGAAUAUUUUACCUACCUGACAAAGCUUCUCCACUGAGCGGAUCUCUCGCUCAACUGGCACUGGCAGUUAAACUGAUGGACAUAUGUACACGCCCCUGACUCUGUUUAUGUGAUGUACCGCUUGCACCGUCAACAGUGAAUCUGCCACUGACAUUGACAGCAAUGCAAUUUAUGCUCAGGCAAACUAGUUGUAUGAUUUCUAAGAAGAAAUGAGGUCGGCAUACUGAAACAUUAAUGCCAGAUUGAUCGAAUAAGAAAAGGGGGAGAGUGGAUCAGAGAAGUCCUGUUCAAAUGGAUGAAGCGUAGCUAGUUUGAUUCCAGAUAUCAAACGGCAGCAAACAUCUGUUAUUAAAAGCAAUUGUAUCAUUCGGGUUGUUAUGGCUUUAAUAGCAUAGUACUUGUCGUGCUAGCGGCGCCUUCUCAUUGGUCCAAAUGUCAGAGCAGAGUGAGAAGACAAGACGUUACAAUGCUGCUGCUGCUGCUGCUGUAUCUGGGCUGUCUGGUCUAGACGGAGGCAGAACUCUGUGUCUUCUCUGAGCUGGCCACAAGGGGGCAUACCUCACCAACUCUCACCUAACAGAUGGCUUUUGUAGGCUUUAGCUUCAUUAUCUUUAUUAUUACCUCAGUCAGUAUUGAUGUUAAGCUUCUGGUGGAUGUUGCACAAUCUAAACAUGUUCAUAUCUUAACAGUGUUGUCGUAUAAUUAAUUUGACUGUCACAAUCUGCUUCAUAAUAUUAUCUAAUGAGAAUGUGUUUGCUCAGUAAGUCUACUGUCAGGGAUAAUCCUAUGCCGUGUUUAAAAAAAUAUAUAUAUAUAUAUUCUAUUUAUUUACCCCUAGCAGGCAGAGCCGCACAUCAGGCUUUCAUGUGUUCUGAUGAAAUGAGCUAUGGAAGAUGAAAUGACUCAGUAUAGCCAAAAACAGUUUGAAAGGGAGCACAGCUCUGCUCUGUUGGUGCAGCAGUGUCAUUGUUAUGCUGAUUGCUGCAGAAUAGUCUGUGUGGCCUGGAUAAUACAGAAUUCAAGCUGGGUAUACAGCUUUUCAGAUAUUCACCUCCAUUUUACCAUGUUGGCUCAGGACAGGGUUCUUAUGCGGCUCUAAGAUGGUGCAGUUUCUGAAUUUUAGAUGCAUUUUGAGGAAAAGCCACAUAGACGGUGACCCAUUUUUUAGAAAGCUAUUAUAACAUAGCUUUCACUAAGAGAGCACCAGAAUGGAGGGUAAUCAAGUGUAAAUGAACGUAAGGGCUUUUAGGGUUGCACUUAACCAAACAAUGCUACUGUGUGGCGCGUGCUGUCCUCCAUAUGACAUCUAAACAUGUGUGUGUGGCGUAUUCCGCAUUUGUGGUUGUCACCUUGAUGCUAAGGACUGGUUGUCAACAGGGAUUUGAUGCAGUGACUCCCUGCAGGUACCGCUAUCCCUAGCAUGACAGAACCCUACGCAGCUCUAAAAAUACACUUUCUCUCAUUCAAUGGUUCUAUAAAUAGACUACUGUCAUUAUAGGAUCCCCUGUUGGACCCUUGGCCUCCCCCUGCUGGCCACUGUGGAAACACAUUUUUCCCUUCCUUCCUCUGGGUGGUAAAUCCCAUAACAGCGACUGUUAUACUACCUCCCUGCAAGGCUCCAGGGCCGCUCUUGGCUUAAAAUCCAUAGGGGAGUAUACAGACAACAACUAGGUUGGUUGUUGUCUCUGUCUUUUGAGAAUUGGGCUCCUGACUAGGAGGGUAAAUCCAGUGCUUUGCAGGCAGGGCUGAGACGAGGCGUCCAUGUUUCUGUCAGCCUCCAGUCAGAGUGUGGAUCAGCUGCUCCACUGUAACACUGUCUGCUUAUCUGGCUGCAGCCUCAGAUUUACGUGCUGGGCUAAAAUGAUUGUCCAUUUUUAGGGGGUCACUGUGGCAGUCAAGGGAAAGUGCAUCUGGGUGCCGGGGGGGGGGUAUUAUUUUUCCUGAGAGUCUCUCUCUCCGCCACCUCCCCUGACAUGUGAGGAAGUGUUGAAGCGCAGUGUGUAACGGCGGCUGAUCCGUCGCACUGGGCUUGGCCACAGAAAUAGCACCAGUGGGCUUGUCCUGGUUGUUUUAAGCCAGGGCUGUAUUUGGUAACCGUCUGGCACCGCCCCUGAUGCCUUAGCUUUGGCUUCUUUUAGGCCCUGUCUCUGGCAAAAACCAAUUUAGUUUUAACAAUGGUUCAUCCCCUCUGCUGCUGGACUAGAAUGGGACAUUUUCCCUUGGCUUGUAGCUAAUGACUGGGGGGCUUAGAAGAUAGUGGUGAGACUGAGGCGUGGACGGUGCAGGGUACGGCAAGGCAGGGAGGCAUGUGACGCUCUGCAGCCAUGCAGCAAAAUUCUCCUGAGGCUCCCCUUGGGGAGCUGAGGAUGGAGCCACUGACAUGGCCCAAUCGCCAUGUGUGUCAGUGAGAGCGUGUGAGUGAGCCACGGCAGUCAAGCUUAACAGAUCUCCUUGUCGUCAGGAGGAUUGACUUGGCUGUUCCUAAUUCCAGGACAUCGGCUGUUUUCUGCUUUCUCCUUCAUGCUUCCAGCCCUUCUUUGAAUAAGACAUACAGAGAGACAGAAGACCGAUACACAGUGCAUUCGGAAAGUAUUCAGAGCCCUUGACUUUUUCCCACAUUUUAUUACGUUACAGCGUUAUUCUAAAAUGGAUUGCAUUUUUGCGUGUAGAUUGAUGAGGGGGGGGGGGAAGGAAAUAAAUAAUUUUAGAAUAAGGCUGUAAUGUAACAAAAUGUGGAACAAGUCAAGGAGUCUGAAUACUUUCCGAAUGCACUGAACACUGACUGACAUAAGAUACAAUUCAUGUUUCCCUUCAACUGGAUAUCAUUCCAUUCAUAAUUCUCCCACACGCUGACUUGAAACUGAAUUCUAUAUUUAUUUUACCUUUUCUUUAACCAGGCAAGUCAGUUAAGAACAAAUUCUUAUUUUCAAUGACGGCCUAGGAACAGUGGGUUAACUGCCUGUUCAGGGGCAGAACGACAGAUUUGUACCUUGUCAGCUCGGGGAUUUGAACUUGCAACCUUCCGGUUACUACCCCAACACUCUAACCACUAGGCUACCCUGCCGCCCCAAUAUACCCUUUCCAUUUGAAGGAAGUUGUGUGGCCUAGCAUCCUGUCCAGGGAGUGCAUUUGUACCUCAAGCUGCCUCACGCUCCAGAAACAGGAGACCGAACGGCCAAUAGGACAGGAGCCUGUCUCGAACAGGGCUACUUACUUAUGUGGCCUUCAUAAAGGAAUUGCUUUGAUGUUCUGUAACUGGAUACUUUUGAAACAUUAUUUGUAACCAAAGAGUAUUCUAGGAUUGUUUACAUGUUGAUCUCAUCUGUGCUGUGUCGGGCAGUGCCCUUUCCCUUGGUGUAAAUCACAUUGGCCCCUUAGUACAAAAUAGACUGGACGGUCCUUUUGGGUCCUGGGGCCCAUUCAGACUGAGGGAGGAGCAUGGGUGGGGGUAAGGAGUGAUUGGAGUAGAGCGAGAGGCUGCGUUAGAAUCCUCACAGAGGCCCCAACUGGAGGGGGACUGCGUUGAUCAUAGACUGUUCUAACCCAUCAGACUGUUCUAACCCCCUCCCUUCUUACUGCAUUGAUCAUAGACUGUUCUAACCCAUCAUAGACUGUUCUAACCCAUCAUAGACUGUUCUAACCCCCUCCCUUCUUACUUUUCCUGAAAUGAUGACGUUGCUUCGUCUUUUUCUCUCGUUCACAAUGCUCGAAAUGUGGCAUCGAGACGCUCCGUUUUUUUCUUUUGUUUCUGUUUGAACCGUUUGACGUACAGCCAUGGGCUGGCUACUGGCUCGUAUGGUGGGGCUGGCUACUAGCUCGUAUGGUGGGCUGGCUACUGGCUCGUAUGGUGGGCUGGCUACUGGCUCGUAUGGUGGGCUGGCUACUGGCUCGUAUGGUGGGCUGGCUACUGGCUCGUAUGGUGGGCUGGCUACUGGCUCGUAUGGUGGGCUGGCUACUGGCUCGUAUGGUGGGCUGGCUACUGGCUCGUAUGGUGGGGCUGGCUACUGGGGCUGGCUACUGGUGGGCU